AGAGGCGGGGUUGCGCGCGAGGAGGGAGGGAGGGGCGCGCGCAUUGUGGCCCGGGGAAAGCGCGAGCCGUGGCGCGAGCUGCGGGGCAGGGUUCCCAGGCGGCAUCUUCAUCUUCGGCCCAGAGGCGGACAGAUGACUACAGUCAAGCACUCAGAGUCUAGUUUGCUGGAUUCGCCAGGAAUUCUUCCACCCAAAUCUGUGACUUCUACCUGCUACAAUUCUGCCACUAGAGCCUUUCACAGCUUUAAUAGGAAACAAUUGUGGUUUACCACUAAUUCAUCCACUCCGAAACAUUGGCUAGGUAAAAAAAACCCAAAUUCUAAUGAUGUCACACCCGCGUUAUCAAGAACCAACAUUUCCUUACAACCGACAGAAGUCUCUGAUUUUGGAUGGGAGAAAAUUGUAAGAUCAAAAAGGUUUUCAGCUCCAGGGGUUCUUUUGUUGCCUGAAAUACCCACUUCUUCAAAUCUGCACCCUCUGUCUGAUCAUGAAGGAAGCCCCAGGCUGAGCACAUGCAAGCAGUCGCCUAUGGUUACUUGCUCAUUGAUGGGUCAAGUGAGAAAGAUGUCCUCUUUCCAGGCUGAUUACUGGGCAUGUGCAAUACCUGAUUCCUUACCACCAUCACCAGACCGUCAAUCCCCUCACUGGAACCCCAACAAAGAAUAUGAGGAAUUGCUCGAUUAUACCUACCCUUUACGGCCAAAAUACAAGCUUGCACAGAACAUCCAAGACUCCACUGUCCAUGAUUCUGGAGUUGACCUUGACAGCUUCUCCAUUUCUCCUGAAAGCACCCUGAAAUCUGUGAGCAUGCAAGACCAGAAACCUCCGGUUCUGGGGACCCCGAGUACACAGAGGUUUUUGACCCCCUUUUUGAAUAAACUCGAAGGCUCAGAUCUGGUUUCUCAGUGCAAUCUUUCACCCAUUGGGAAAGUGUCAUCUGAAGAUGGUGGUCUUUCUUCAGAAAGAAAGGGCAUUUCUCAUGAGAAGGUGCAUAGUUUCUCUCCAACGUGCUAUGAACAUGCUCCAUCCAGUUUGGCCAACCGAGAUAAAAAUGGGUGGAACGCAAGAGGACAUGACAAUCUCAACAGGAUGGAUAUCGCUCAUAGCAGCUUCAUACGCUCAACAAGGGUGCUACCCUUACGAAAAGAAUACUCUGGUGAUGAUGAAUAUCUCUCCUUACCCCCCAGACUCAAGGAGUUAGAGACCUUGGCUCUGCAGCUGACUGAUUUGUCACUGACUGUAAGGAAACCUGAAUAUGACUGUGCGCAUGAUGGUUUCCCAUGCAUCAGUGUGAAUGGAAAGCAACUUUUAUCGGAAGUUCAGGCCGAUGGCGGCAGUAAUGAGAGCCAGUGGGAACUGUAUUGCGAUUCUCCUGGUAGCUUUCACAAACAUGGUGAAGAAGACUUUCUGAGCCAUCAAGGCUGGAAGGACUCUGAAAAUGUGCUAAGAAAGGCUGCAAGUAGUGAUCUUGUUGAAAUAGGAAGCCUUGAGUUCCAAAUUAGUGAAAGUAAUCAGGGCAAGGAGGAAAGAAAUGGAAGCUCUCUUGCAGACCACAUCAAGAUGUUCUGUGGCCAGCUAGAAGAGCUCAUUUGUUGGCUGCACAAAGUAGCAGACGUUACAGACAACUGGAUUCCUCCCAAGCCAGAUGUUAAAAGUGUUAAGGCAGCACUCCAGAACUACCUGGAGUUCAAAAAGGAUUUAGCUGAACACCAAACACUGACGGAAGGUGUCUUGCAGGAUGGGGAAAGGCUUCUCCAAUGCAUGGCAUCAAGUUCAGCAGAAAAUUAUUGUGAAUGGGGGCAACCACUGAGAGAGGCCUAUUGUCACCUCUCCAAUCUACAAGUAGCUGCAUCUUACUCUUGCUCUGAAGUUCUACAGGAUACUCUGCAUUUGAUUGGAAAACAAACUGAAGAGCUUGAAACCCACGCCGAACGCCUGUAUGAGUCUGUUCUCUCUGUUGUGGAUACCCUUGGUGCUGGCUUGAUGGAGAAUUGUGAUACACAACCAGUAGGAGCCCAGUCAUAGUCAUCCAAGUAGAUAACAUCCUGGUUGAUGUGGACAUUUUGUAGGCUAACUUUAUCUGAAUAAAGGAACUACGUCUAUCUCUAAGGAGCCUUAUAGCACUGGCCUAAAAAGAGUGUUAAACUAUUUGAAAACUUCACCUUCAAAACACUGAUCUACUGGACUGAUUUCAAGCUUGACUUCAAAGUUUAACAAUUACAGGCAGCUGGCUUCAGUCAUCAGCACCGGUGUUGGAAAGCGCCGAGAAAAUACCUUUACCUGAUUUUGGAGUUAUUGGUGAUUCUUCUAACAUUUGAGUUAAUUAAUAUUUUCUGCUUCAUGAAGUGAAUGACUUCAGUGCCUUUUCCUCCUGUGUACAUUCUCUUUCAAAACUGUCUUCUAAGGAUUUAUUAACAUUUCUCUGGAAUACUACUUUUUAAAUAAAAGUUAUUUUAUCACUGUA